AACUAUCCUGCCAUCCCCACUAGGAUCUUCUUGCUUCCAGAAAAACCAUGUGCCCUUCGCCUUCAACGCUACGGGACCGCUCCCCCAGACCUUACAAUACCCCAAUUGACUUCUCUCCGCCUUGAUCAAAUGGACCUUGCCCUUCUUCACUAACCGCUGCGUCCGGCCUACGAUUCUACCUUCCGUCCUCUUAUCGCGAUACCUCUAGAGAUAGAUAUACUGGAGUCCUUGCGAGUAUUUGUGAUAGAUAAAGCUAGAAUCCAAAUCAUAUCAGAUCGCCUUCUCCGUUACCUCAAGCAAGAUGUGCGGAAUCAUCGCCGUUAUUCACGCGAACUCGAAGUCGCAAUCUGCCGCCGUUGAAAUACACGAUGCGCUGUAUUUGCUUCAGCAUCGAGGACAAGAUGCUGCUGGAAUCGUCACCUGCAGUGGUGGUGGACGGUUCCACCAGUGCAAGGGCAACGGCAUGGCCUCCAGGGUCUUCCAGGAUGGAGCUCGUGUCUCCGAGCUUCCAGGCUUCAUGGGUCUAGGCCAUCUCCGAUACCCUACUGCCGGAAGCAGUGCCAACUCUGAGGCCCAGCCCUUCUAUGUCAACAGUCCCUACGGAAUCUGCAUGACCCACAACGGAAACCUCAUCAACGCCCCGGAACUCCGCAGGUACCUGGAUCAGGAUGCUCACAGGCACAUCAACACCGAGAGCGACAGCGAGAUGAUGCUGAACAUCUUUGCUAACGAGCUCAACGAGACGGGCAAAGCUCGUGUCAACACCGAUGACUGCUUUGCAGCCCUGGAACGGAUGUAUAAGCGCUGUGUCGGUGGAUGGGCCUGCACAGCCAUGCUUGCGGGUUUCGGUCUUAUUGGAUUCCGUGACCCCUAUGGAAUCCGCCCUAUGGUUCUGGGCUCCAGGCCCUCCGAGGACGGUGUCGGCACAGAUUACAUGAUGGCCUCUGAAAGUGUGGCUCUCACGCAGUGUGGAUACAAAACAUUCCAGGAUAUUCUCCCCGGCCAGGCCGUCAUCAUCGAGAAAGGAAAGGAUCCCGUGUUCAAGCAGGUGAGCCCCAUACUCGGAUACUCUCCCGACAUCUUCGAGUAUGUCUAUUUCGCUCGUCCGGACACGAUCAUCGAUGGCAUUGAUGUCGACGAGAGCCGACGCAACAUGGGCUUCAAACUUGCAGAAACCAUCAGGAAGCGAUUGGGUCCAGCCCUCGACGACAUUGACACGGUGAUGCCCAUUCCUGAAACCAGCAUCACUUCUGCGUUCUGCGUGGCUGAGGGCCUUGGAAAGCCUUACUGCCAGGGGUUCGUUAAGAACCGCUACAUCUUCAGGACUUUCAUCAUGCCCUCUCAAAAGCUCCGCCAAAAGGGUGUUCGCGCGAAGAUGAACCCCAUGAGGAAGAAGUUUGAAGGCAAGAACGUCCUCCUGGUCGAUGACUCCAUUGUUCGCGGUACCACCUCUCGAGAGAUCGUUUUGAUGGCCCGGGAAGCUGGUGCAAAGAAAGUGUAUUUCGCUUCUUGCGCUCCCCCAAUCACCAACGCUCACAUCUACGGUAUCGAUCUAGCUUCAUCUUCAGAGCUCAUUGCUCAUCAUCGAGAUGCUGAGGCCAUUGCCAAGUACAUCGGCGCGGACGAUGUCAUCUACCAAACUUUGCCCGAUCUGAUGGAAGCCUGUGCCUCGUUAUCUCCCCGUGACCCUGCUACCCAGAAGUUCGAAGUUGGUGUCUUCUGUGGCAAAUACGUUACACCCGUUGACAAUAGCUACUUCGAGCACCUCGAGCAGAUUCGAGGUGAAUCCCGCAAGAUGAAAGUGAUGGAGUCUGCGAGGGAAGCUGUCUUGAGCGGCGUUGCGGACCAGAAACAGAUCCGUAUGGCCGCCAAAGGCGUCGAGGUUGAUUCAUAUGGAAAUGUGAUCCCAGCAGAUAGCAGUGACAGUCCCGAAUGGGCCCCUCUCAAUGGCGAAGGCCAGGCGGCGCCCGUCAACGGCCGGAAACGUAGUGCAAGUGACGUCAAAGGAAACACCGAAGACAAACAGGACAAAGUCCGCAUCCACACCAGCCAGGACAUUAGCUUGCACAACUUGAACGAUCACUUUUGAUGCAAGAUUCGAUUACUGGGCGUUCCUUUCUCUUAUUAUGCUAGUUGCAACUUAGGCUCACGAGCUUAUGUCGGAUUACACGAGUGAUGAAGUUUAUGGCUGAAUCAACCACAUCCUAUUAUAGAAUUCUCGAGCUCAGCAGCGGCUCAAGCAUCAGGGCUGCCAUGCGAACAGAUAACUGUUUUGCAGCAGAAAUGCUACAUCCUUUACAAUUUCC